UAGACAGCCUGGUUGAGUGGCGAAAACUUACUAGAACAUAAUUUGAUAAGGCCCAUAAUAAUACCAUCGGUGUGAUUUUAGCUUUGGUCUCGAUAUAAAUAUAGAAAAUUUCUUACAUAUAAUCAUAUGGCGUGACGGAACAAUACUUCCUGAAAGAAAAGUAAGAAAUAUCAUUAUUUUUUUAUUGGGUACAUUGCACCAUAAAAAAUAGACUUCCUGUCAUAAAAAGGCAAUUCUUAACCCCUUCUCCCACCGUUUCCUUCGCCACCUUUCUCUCACCACACCCCAAUCCUUCUCUCUUUUUCUCACAUCGCAUCUCUCUCCAUUGUCUCUCCCUUUCCGAUCAACCAAGAGAACCCCAAAAAAAAAACCCAAAAAUUAAACACUGAUAAACUCCUAGCCACCGCCGCUUCCACCACAACCACCUCUAUUCCGCCGCCCGGGACGACGCGACGCAAUGCCGCGCCUCUUCUCGUGCUUCGGAUCCAGAGGCACCUCUUCCUCCUCCCAAAACAACGACUCCUCCGAAGCCGCCACAGCGGACGUGACGGCAGAGGAGCUGAGGAGGGGAGGUGCCGUGGUGGUGGAGCUCUUCUCCUCCCAGGGCUGCGCCACCUCGCCCGCGGCGGAGUUGGUGGUGUCGAGGCUGGGAAGGGGCGACUUCAAUCUGGAAACGCCGGUGGUGGUGCUGGCGUACCACGUGGACUACUGGGAUUACAUGGGGUGGAAGGAUCCGUUUGGGUCGAGCCAGUGGACGGUCAGGCAAAAGGCCUAUGUGGAGGCCCUGAAGCAGGACACCAUGUUCACGCCGCAAGUCGUGGUCCAGGGCACGGCCCAUUGUCUUGGCAAUGACGAGGAUGCUAUUCUCUCCUGCAUCGCCUCUGCACCGAGAUUCCCUGCUCCUACGCUCCAGGCAACAUUCAAGAGGCCUUCACCAGAGACCCUACAAGUGUCUUUAACUGGGGCUUUGAGGUCUAAGGUGGAUCAUCAAGGUGCAAACGUGAUGGUGGCUCUAUACGAGAACGGUUUGGUGACCGACUGCACUAAGGGCGAGAACCAAGGGCGUGUCCUGCCAAAUGACUUUGUCGUUAGGAAGCUCGAAAAGCUCUGCUCUGUCAAAGACAUCUCUGCCAAGAAGACGGUAUCAGGAACUGUUAGUUUCCCCAUCUCGGAAAGUUUCAACAGCAGCAAAUGCAGCGUUGCUGUCUUUGUUCAGAGUGCCUCGCAUCAGAUUUUCGGAGCGCAAAACUUUGAAUUGCCGGAUAAUCUAUAAGUUUUGUGGCUUCUCAUGCCUAAAUGUUUAAGCUUCGGCUAUGGUGUUUCCAGCUUUGACGUUUUGAAUAGCUCGUGUUUCAAUGAUCAAAUUCUGGCCAGUAUGUUGUAGUUUGUGUACAGUUUUUCUUAUUUGCUUUUAGUUUUCCGAUUUUAUGUUUACGAGAGAGAUUUAACGCGAUGGAUUAUGGUUGGGAUAUGGUAGAUGAAUUUCAGUCUUCGAAUUUA